UCUAAAGUGGAGGAGCGUUUUUCUAGAGUGGAGGAGCAUUGGCCAGGGUUGUCAAGGAACGGUGGAACGUAAAUCGUAAUGGACUGGACGUCUCAAUCUUUUUGAUCCAAUUCUUGUUUCUUGGAUUAAAGAUGGGUAAACCGUGUCCAAACGGUACUUGGCGGUACACUCUGAUUGAUGAAUGCGUGGCCUGUGAAACGUUAUGCCAUCAGCCAAUGUGUACCGAGCACUGUGUGGCUAACUGCACCGCCAUGGGAGGCCACUACUACGACCUCGGGCGGCAUCAGUGCAUCCGCUGUGCCGACCUGUGCGGGAGGCACCCGCAGGAGUGCAGCCAGUAUUGCCUCAGUGAGUACCCCCACACCCCCACCCCCAGACACUCCCAGGUUCACUCAGCUGUCCUGCUGCCUGUCUCCAUCCCCCUGCUGUACUCCCUGAUGGGCCUUUGUGUCCUCGUGCUGCUGUGUAUCCUGGGCCUCUCUCUGCUGGUGUUCCUGAGAACAGCCAGAAAGAGAAGCCCAAGGCCGGUGAAGCCUGGGCCCUCGGUGAUCCCCCAGCUGGUGGGAAACGUUCAGCAGAGGGGCCGGGAUGAUGGCCAAGGCGACGGGGGGGAGAAUGGGAGGAUGUAUAAGCAGCCCCUGUCCGCCUGCACAUCCAACCCCACGGAGAGCUGCGAGUGCACCCACUGCUUCCCGGACCUCAGAGUCCCGUGUCGGGGGGCAGUGGGUGAGGCCAAGCUAAUCUACUCCCUCCACCAGCAGACCUCCUCCUCCUUCUCCUCCCCUCAGCACAGCGGCACCGGGUGGGGUCAAGAGGAGCAGGGCCGUUGGGGCAAUCCGAGGUGGAUUCGGGGAGAUCCAAGCCUGUGAAAUGACUUGGAAACCCACUGGCGCUUCAUUUACCAUCUACUAUGUAGUCCAUGUCUUUGGGAGAUAUUAGCCACGCUUAUUAUACAAAGCAACUGAUAUAUUAGUGAGGUGUUGCAGAGAUUGAGGAUGGAGUCCUCCACCUUAGCCUCUACACCUGUGAUUCCAGAAACUGUGGGUUAGACAACAAAAUCUAUAUUUUGGUUUGUUUGUUAUAAAAAAAAACAUGGUACAUAAUAUGAUACCAUGGUAUGACUUAUUUUGAUAGCUGUACCUAUGGUGUGGUUCCAGAACACUUUCGACAAGUAGGCUUUUACCGUCUGUACACUAUACUCUUGCCCCAGGCUACCAACAUUGUGGUCUGGUUUUGGAGGCGAGAGGGCAACCUACCCAUCCCUAUAUCCCCUGGCAUAGCAAGCUGCCAAGCAACAGAUGAUAGAGCCUAAAGGAUUGAGAGGAGCCUUAUCGUUUGUUAUCUUGGGCUAAGUGAGUUAUGGUUAUUCACCGGUGUUACCCUUUUAGUCGUGAGUACUAUUCUCUGGUGAAGGGUACAAUCUAAGGCUGUAGAUAGAACUUUUCGUUGUGGAAAAACUCACUUCUCUUCACGCUUUGAUUGUUUUUCUUUAGAUACACAUGAUUCUAUCUAAACCUCUAAACCAUCUAAAGUUCAAACACAUGUUUUUCUAUUAACUAUAGUUGGGAUGAACCCAAUAACGAUGUCAGCCCUCGAAGACUUUUGGCUGUAAAAAAUCAAGAGAUUGUUUAAAGUCGAUUCAUUUGUGUCAAACUUUGUACAAAUAAGAGUAUUCUUAUGUGUCUGUAUGAAAUAAAUCGGUGUGACAUAAUGUGUCAUUGUGUGAAUAACUCUACAGCACACGGUUAAUAUUAGAGGUAUAGGUUUUUAUUUUUAAGGGGACAUA